GCCCCGCUCUCUAGCAGCCUUUGUCUUCACAGGGCGGGGGCUCGGCCGUGAUUGACAUGGAGAACAUGGAUGACACGUCAGGCUCCAGCUUCGAGGACAUGGGGGAGCUGCAUCAGCGCCUGCGUGAGGAAGAAGUGGAUGCCGACGCAGCUGCUGCAGAAGAGGAGGAUGGCGAGUUUCUGGGCAUGAAAGGCUUUAAGGGACAGCUGAGCCGACAGGUGGCUGAUCAGAUGUGGCAGGCAGGGAAGAGACAAGCUUCCAGAGCCUUCAGCUUGUAUGCCAACAUCGACAUCCUGAGACCCUACUUUGAUGUGGAGCCUGCUCAGGUCCGAAGCAGGCUCCUGGAGUCCAUGAUCCCUAUCAAGAUGGUCAACUUCCCCCAGAAAGUUGCAGGUGAGCUCUAUGGACCUCUCAUGCUGGUCUUCACACUGGUCGCCAUCCUCCUCCAUGGGAUGAAGACUUCUGAUACCAUUAUCCGUGAGGGCACCCUGAUGGGCACAGCCAUUGGCACCUGCUUCGGAUACUGGCUGGGUGUCUCGUCCUUCAUUUAUUUCCUUGCCUACCUGUGCAAUGCCCAGAUCACCAUGCUGCAGAUGCUGGCACUGCUGGGCUAUGGUCUCUUUGGGCACUGUAUUGUCCUGUUCAUCACCUAUAACAUUCACCUUCAUGCCCUCUUCUACCUCUUCUGGCUGCUGGUGGGUGGGCUGUCCACCCUGCGUAUGGUGGCAGUGUUGGUGUCAAGGACUGUAGGCCCCACCCAGCGGCUGCUCCUUUGUGGCACACUGGCUGCUCUGCACAUGCUCUUUCUGCUCUAUCUGCAUUUUGCCUACCACAAGGUGGUAGAGGGGAUCUUGGACACCCUGGAGGGCCCCAACGUCCCACCCAUGCAGAGGGUCCCUAGAGACAUUCCUGCUGUGCUCCCUGCUGCCGGGCUCCCUGUCACUGUGGUCAAUGCCACUGCAAAGGCAAUAGCAGCGACCCUGCAGUCACACUGA